CGUGGCAGCAAGUCGGCUGCGCUCACACGCCGACAAGCCGUCCCAUCCCGACGCCACGUACGUGAUGUGGCGCGACGCACCCACCGCCCCAGCGUGGUAUAAGAUGGCCACCAUGCGCUAAAGUUAACAGCACACGACACCAUCGACACACCAUCUUUCCAUCUGCUUGUUCUCAUCGCCUCAAGAAGCUUUGCGUUGUAUACGUUCGACCGGCCGCAAGAUGUGGAUGAGGAAGAAGGCGGCGACGACGAGGCCGGCGGCCAGGAGGAGGGCGCCGACGUCGCUAGAGGCGCUGUGGCGGCGCGUGGUCGGGCCGGCCCGCGGCGGCAAGACCAAAAAGACCAAGACCAAGAAGAGCAAGAUCGGGUCGCUCUCGCGCGCGUUCCGGGUGUUCUCCUGCGUCCGCGGCCAUGGCAAAGGGAGGAUGGCUGCGCGCGCAGCGCGCCGGUACUGAUCGGUCUGGGACGCGCACGGCCGCCGUCCGGGCGCCGACAGUGUUGCAGCUAGCGGCUGCGAGUCUUCGUCGUAGCUGCGCAUCACAAAUUGUAUGUUUAACUUUGUAGAUCCUGUAUCCACGUGUAUUUUUUUUCUUUUGCGGGGGCUGUAUCCACGUGUUGUUUGUAAAAGAAAAACAUAUCCGUGUUUCCGUUCGAAAAGAGGAAGUUAAGUGCGUUUUGUAAUCUUAUUAGAUUUUAUUUUUCAAAAACUCAAGACAGCAUCUCCAAAGCGGACCGUAAACCUUCCGCAACCGUCUGAACCGGGCUGUCCGGAUGCCCGUGGACAUCGGAGGCCACCCAACGCCGAUUUAUAUCAGUCCGUGAAGCGAUCCGGACGCGAUUUCUUCCGCAAAUCGGAGAUAAACGUGAGGAGGUUUGCGUGAGUGCGGAUCAAUCUCAUGAAGGAAAUAUGCCCUAUGAAGGAAAUAUGCCCUAGGAAGGAAAUAUGCCCUAGAGGUAAUAAUAAAGUUGUUAUUUAUAUUUCCUUAA